AUGGCUGCGUGUACCUUAUCGCGUGCAGCAGCAGCAAAUAGACGUAGGUUCCUUCCCUCAGCUGCUCGCAACCAGAGUAGCAGCUGCACCAGGACGAACAGCUGCAGCAGUACAAGCAACAGCUGCUGCGACGACGGAAGAAAGAGGACAGCAGAGAGAAGCCCCUCCCUAGAACUGCUUCAGAAGGGAACUGCCCGUAUACGGGCGCUGCUGCGCCGUGGCCGCAGAAGCAGAAGAGAAAAGUCUGCUGUUGCCGCCGUUCUUUCUGCUGCUGGGUGCCCUGCUACAUCUCCCGCUGGUGCCUCUCCCACUGAUAUCCACAGCAACCGGCAAAUUCCGUCUGAGGCAAGGCACUGCGAAGCGUCUCAGAAGCAGCAGCAGCAGCAGCAGCUAGUGGGGCCUUCGGAAUCUGUACUCCAUCUGCCUCUGAGACCACAGGCUCCCGAAACAGAGUCAGAUGAAGAAGAGAUUCCGAAGGCUCCACAUGCUGCUGCUGCUACUGCUGCCAGCAGCUGCAGCAGCAGCAGCAACAUGACCCACUCUACCUCCUCCCCCAGAACUCUCGAUUCACAGAAGCCAAUUGAUGUAAAUUCGCCAUUGCAGAUUCUUCCUGAUGGAGGUUGUGUAAUUGCUGCUGCUGCAGGUGUUGCUGCUGCUGCUGCUACUGUGGAGUCGCGGAAUCUGUCUCCUCCUGCACUUGUUGAUCUCAGUUGUCCGGCAGUUGUUAGCCCACUGUCGAUUGAAGUGGGCUGCACUGCUGCAGAGCAGCAGAACCAGGAGCAGCAGAAUCAUCACCAGCAGGUCUUGCAUACCAUCUCUCUAAAGCAUCAGAGAAUCGAGGAAGAGCCACGCGAAGCUUCUGGCGUUGCAGUGACAGCACCGGCAGCUGUUCCGAUUACUGCAUCCGCUUGCGCCUUAGAUGAUGCUCCUCUUGCUCUUGAUGAUGCUGCUGCUUCUGCAUCAACUACCUCCCCAGAAGCAAAGGUAUGGACGCAGAAUCUGUCCUGCUGCAACAAACCCGUACGAGGAAGUGGUGAUAGCCAGGAAAUGCAAGCUGCAGCUUCCGCAUGGCCUGGUGGAGCAACAACCAAACAGAUACAACAACAGCAGCAACGCAAAAAUCAGCAACAGCCACAGCAGCACUACCAACAGCAGCAGCAUCAAGAACAGCAACUACAGGAGCAGCACCAACAGCAACAAGAGCGCCAACAGCAAAAGCACCACCACCAACAACAAAACGAAAAUUCGUCAGAUAUCGAUGCUGCGUGUGAGUUGUUCUCUCCUCGGUGGCAGAAAGGAAUGUGCAGCGGUAGCAGUCGCAGCAGCAGCAAAAGUCAACUUGAAAACAGCAACAGCAACGGCAGCAGUAACUACUGGGAAGGCAGGUGCGGGAUUGCGGUACUGCAAUUAAAGAUUUGCAUGCGCUUGCAAGAGCAGGCGCUGCUGUUGCAGCAGCUGGAAGAAAGAUAUUUGCUGAGGCAGCAGCUUCUCCUCGCCAACAGAUACGCAAAAGGGCUGCGGUGUAGCUGCCACAGCAGCAACAGCUACAGCAAGAAAGACAAGAGGAACUCACCCAUUCAUGCAACUGAUCCACACGUACCAGGAGUGUCCGCUAAUGGCGGUGGAAGCAGCAGAUCAAAAACGUUGCGGAUAUCCUUGCCUCAGUCGCCCCUGCUGCACCGGCAGUUGCAGACGCAGCAAAGGCAGGGCAAGAAACUAUUGCAGGCGCUACAGCAGCUAGAGAGGGAGCAGAUGCCAGACGAUUUCGAAUAUAACAGAUUGAGUAGCGGGGUCUGCACCAGCAGCCUUAACAGCAACAACAACCAACGCAAAAUUCAAGAAGUAGCGGCCCACGGGGCUGCAUGCACCGUGUCUCACCAGAUGAAUGCGCGGAACGUAGGGGGAUCAGUAGCAGCAGCCGCAACAGCAGCAACACAAGCAGCAGCAGCAAAGCAAGAUGAAGCAGCAGGAAGAGCUGCAAUGCCAAGGGGUACGGUUGCAGCAGCACUUCCGUCACGCGUCGGUUUUCCUGCAGAAAAGGAUACUUUAGCAGGGUCGGCAAUCUGCACAAACCAGCAGCAGCAACAACAACACCAGCAUCAGCAGCAGCACCAUCUCAAGCAGCAGCUCCGGGACGAGGAGGUGUCCGCCACCGGUGAGCACCUGCAGCUUGCAAUGGCACCACCUGAAGCUGCGACCACAGAAGCAGGAGCCUUUGUCCUGAGGCCUGGGUCACAACUUCCCACCGCUGGGUUCAGGGACGCAGCAGCUGCUACUGCUGGUGCUGGUGCAGCCACGACACAAGCAGAUGGAACCGUUCGUUCCACGGAGCCUGUGGGCAACAGCAGCAGCCUCAGCAGCAUCAGCAUCAGACGCGGGGGCCCUGGUUGCGUCUGCCAGUGCCGCUGCGGGUCCCUUAGGCAGCGGCGAAUGUUCGCACUUCCUGGAGAGACCCUGCAGGCAGCAGAAGCAGACACGGGUGUCAAUGCAACAGCAACGGCUGCAGCAGCAGACCGCUCAAGCGAAUUCGACCUGAAGCCCGUGCCGCACCACCGACGGGCGCUGCCCCAACCUCUCCAUUCGCCCAAAAAGCCACAAACAGCAGGCCUUCUCUGGGGGCUGCUGCAGCACGAGUUGCAGCAGCAGCUGCAGCAGCAACAGCAGGCAUUGCUUCAGGGAAACAACAGCUGCCGGACAGCAGCAGCAGCAGCAGCAGCAGCAGUCCAGCAGGCCCUUCACUUGGUUAAGAACGCUGAGCAGACUUUGCUGUGCUCCGCAGCAGCCCACCAGGUGCUACCCCAAGCUCUGGACAACAGAAACAGCGCCAACAGGGAAGCGCAACAGAAGGCGUGUGCUGCUGCUAUUGCCGUUGCAGCUGGUGCGUCUGAUGCUCCAAAGAAGGAGAGGCCGGAAGCCUGCCUUGAUACGACAACAACAAGCGCAAUACGCUGCCCCAAAAACAGCACAGAGAGCAACGGCGGCUGCAGUGAAAUGCAGCCGAUGCGACAGGAGUUGAACGGGGACGUUGGAGCUGCUUCUACUUGCAACUCAACUGUGGAGAAAUUGGCACAGCAGCAGCUGCAGACCCACCAUACAUUCUCCAUGGCCCCCGCAGCAACAGAGGGUGGUGCUCCUGCUGCUAGUGGUACUUUUGCUAGCCCUCCUGCUGCUGCUCUUGCAAGCACCCCUUGGCCACCGCAACGCAGCAAGGCGCGAAGCUGUGGCCCUAAGUGGUUUUUGUCAGAGCCCGCUGCACCCCAGCCUAUGCCCUUAAGGAAAUUUGGGGGUCCUUGUUUAGAACUGGACGCGAGCAGCGCUACAGAGGAGGCGUGUAUGCACAUCCGAGGUGCAGCGUUCCACAAGCACACGCGUGCUGCGCUGCCGAAACUCCACCCCGCAGCAGUAAAUGCAGCAGCACCAGCAGCACCACCAGCAGCGCCUUCUCCUCCCGGCAGGCCAACGGCCCCUCACCAUCAGCAAAGCCACCCCAAACUUACUGUCCCCGUUAUGAACAGAAUGGAAGAUCAUGCUUUCCAGAAGGAUGCUGCUUGUGCUGGCGCUGUUGCUCCUGCUGCCGUUGCUCCUGCUGCUGCUCCUGCUGUUGCGCCUGCUGUUCCCCCGGCUGCUGAAGAAUGUCCGGCUGAGCUGGCCGUCCACAGUGACAUUUCAUGCGGCACACUCCUCCCCAGCAGCAGCAACAGCAGAAUCGGAAGCCUCAUAGCCAGUAGUGUGACGGAAGUCCCCUCUCCCCUCCCUCACCUGCAGCAACAACUACUACUACAGGAGCAGCAGCAUCAACAGCAGCAACAUCAACAGCAGGAGUCGCAACACCAACAAUACGGAAACCAGUGGCUGCCUGUCCGGCUACAGGAGCACAACCCCGCGCAUUCGCUUCGAGUGAUCCACAGGAAGCACCCCCAGCAGGAGCAAUUGCUGCAACAGCAGUUGCAGCAGCAAAUCGUGCAGGUGCGGCAACAAGACUUUCGGGGAGGGACAGCCCAAAGGGCUCCCGUGGAAAAUACACAGCCGCUGUCCACAGAGACAAGGCCAUCAGAACACUCGAAGCUCCAGGGAGAUGAAACCCAACCGCAGCAGCAGCAAAUCUUUCCGCCCCAACAGCAGCCUUACGGUGAACAGCAGCAACAACAGCAGCAGCAGCUCCAAUGGCGAAGGCGAGCUCACGACCCGGCAAGGACCCUCGAAGCAGCUCCGGCGCAGCAACCGGCAAAGGCCGUUGUUGCUCUCAGAGCUGCAACAGGAAUACAUCAAGCACAUCGCUUCUCGGUCGACUCUCCUCCUAGUAGAAGUCAUGCUUGUUGCUUCUCUGGAGGCGGUACGCAGGCAGACGCACACACCAAUACUGCUACGGGAUGCCAACCCCAGCAAUCCAUCGAGCAAGGGAAGCAGCAACAGACACAGCAGAAGCAGCAAAGUCAGGACGAACUGUGGCGCUGCGUAGACCGCAAUACAGAACGCCGGGAGAACAGGCUACUAUGGCGCCCACAGACAAGCAACUACCAACCGCAGCAGCAAGCGCAGCAGCAGCACCAACAACAACAGCAACAACAAAGGAUCUUCUGCGGAGAAAAAGCAACUUGCUACCGCCCAGCACUGCAGGCAGGACAAGUGCGAAGAGCAUCAGCAAUUACCGGAGCCCCCGACGUGAUGGGCGCAAGCAGCCGGAGGAGGAGCAGCUGCAGCAGCAUUCAAAGCAACACCAGCAAAAAGACAACAAAAAGAGAAAACAUGGAGUCUGUCCAUCCACGACUGAGAGAAACUGGCUAUCUGUUUAGCAAGAAAGGGAGAAAAAGCCCCCCGCCUGCAACUGUUCCUGCUGCAGUAUCUGCAGCAGCAGGUCGACAAGGAGAAAUUUCGCUUGCAGCAACCCCAGGCAAAGGCGACGGACCAACAGGAAUUCUGCGUAGAAAACGCAGGAGUUUGGCAGAGCGAGCGGCCGGAAUUGCCAGGCAUAUAAUCCGCGAGGAAUUCUUUGGGGUAGGUGGCCUGUGA